AUGGGCUUCUGGGACAAACACGAAGAUAGCUACCAGCAGGUAUACGAAAACGACAACUUUGACGAUAACAAGGCCAGCUUGGGCCAUGAGGUGAUCGCCGGAGGCGCUGCUUUCGCCGGCUUCAAGGCUUUCGAGGACCACCAGCGCAAGGAGGGCAAGCCCGUAUCUCAUCAAUUCGCCAAAGAGCUACUAGCUGGCUUCGCAGGUGCCGAGGUUGACCGUCUUGCUGAGACAAAGGGCGAGGACUGGUUCGACCGUGAGAAGGCCAAGCGCGACGCUGAACACAAUGCCAAGCGCAUGUACGACGAGCAUUACAUCCAAAACCAGGGCGCUGACCAGUACGACCCUCAGCAAAAUGGUCGCCCAGAGAGAUUCGAGCAGCGCGGAUGGUAG